GGUCGUUCAGGCGUAACUUUCGUUCUCGUGGCGUUUCAAACAUUCUCAUCCAAAACAUAGGCCUAGACAAUGAGUUUCGGGAAGAUGUACGCAUUUCUAGUGCUUGGGUUUGUCUUGUUACUGUCAAGGACUGGUGGAGACAAGCUUUGUUCGUGUUAUAGCUUUCAUAACCAGACAGAUCGUAUGGCGUGGCCACAAGCAAUGGGUGGCUGUAAAUAUAACAAUAAAACACUUGUGGUCAUGGAAACAGAGCGGGAAUGGGUGUUUAUCAGAAAUGAGAUUCAAAACCGAGUAGGCAGUACACUCGGUGAAUGGUUUAUAGGCUUGGAGCGAAAUACCACCACUGAGAAAUGGACUUGGAUCAAUGGUAAACCUCUGACUAUCGACAAAUGGCAGAGUUAUAAUCCUGACAAGAGUGACUUUUAUGGGAUGAUUCAUAAGGAAUUUCCACCCAGAUCUAAAGGCUCUUUUAGCACCAUAAAGAGAAGCUUACAAAGAGGUUGGAUUUGCGAGGAAGAAACAGACAACUGUCAAGGAGACUGUUUCUUCCAUACUGUUCCGACAAGCACCAGUCCUCCUGAUACAAAAGCUGUUACUACAGAAAGGAAGACAUCAACUGAACAGGAUAUUACUGAUGUAUCAGGGUCUUCGACAAAUGCCUUCACCCCUACCACGGCAAAAUCAACAGACGAAGUCUUUAUGGAUGACAAAAGCGGUUCUUCUCCUACAGUAAUGAUAGUAGCCGCCUCUUUGGGCGCCGUGCUCUUCGUAGCGUUGAUCAUUCUUAUUGCGGUCAUAUUGCUAAGGCGAAAGAAACGUCACGGAGAAGAUGCACAGAGCACAAAACCAAAGAAGUUCGGGCCGAAGAAUAGCGAGGAAGAUCAAUUAGGAGAAAGUCAAUAUGAGUCUGUAAAUCCAGUUGAAGCCGCAAAGCUUCUUGGGUCACCAAACAGUAUCUCUUAUGAGAGUAAUACUAGGUUCGAUCCACCAACAGAAAACUGUGAAUAUGCCGUUGUCAACAAGGAAAAAAAGAAGCAAAAGGAGGGAGACCUUGUGUACGCUCAACUCGCUGAUUUUGACAAUGAAACUGAUGCCGCCAAACCAACAAAACCACCCAGCUAUGAGCUCACGAUAUAUUCUGAUGUUGAAGAACUGCCUCCGGAGUUGCUUGGAAGAGAGGAUCUAGACCCCUCCCAGCCAACCUAUGCAAACCUUGAAACGACUGGUGUCUGAACGAAGUAAGCAAAAACUUGUAAGAAAUGUAUGUUAACGGUGCUGGUUUUGACACUUGCAUUUGAAUUUACUUUUCAAGCAAAUUCAACGAAGAAAAUUCGAAAUAUAAUGUUCUAACUAAAGAUAUAAAAUAUUGGGGUUAAAGAGAUCUUCGAUAAUGAUUUUAAAGCAUUAAUAUUGGGGGUUUAUGACGUCGUAUGGGACAGCUUUCUGUCUUUUACUUAACUUACAGAAGUAAGGACAACUUGUAGUCUGAACGUUGCAACUAAUACGGAAAGAUAGAUUGAGUUUAUAUUAAACUAUUAUUAGUAUUCUAAAGACGCGUCGGACACAGUUAGCGUUAAUCAAAUAAUGUCUUACAAAGAGAGAAGAAAAAAUAUCCUUCUCAGAAUGACUGGAAUAUAAUGCAAUUUUGCUAAAAAAUAGACUUUUUAUGGGUUCCUUCAAGAAGAGUAACUAACCUUACUAGCCGUUUCUUUAAAUCCUUCAAAAUCAUAUAUUUUUUUUUAUCUUUUCCAAUGAACUUAUCAGUUUUUAUGUCUAAAUUCCAUAAACUGCUGCUUCCUCCUCUUUCUUGUAUUGAUACCCAUAAAACUAGACUGGCUUCCAAAUCUUCUUUUGCUCUUCCAAAGUCUCGCGCUAAAUUUGGCAUUUUCAGUGUUAAAUUCCAAGGUCCUUUAAACUUGGGAUAUUAUUUAUGAAUAUCUUAAGGUGGCUCGUACCGGUUUUCAUCUUUUUGAUGGUUUGUAACUUUGAAAGAAUACAACAGAAACACUG